UAUACAGAAUAUACAAGUAACGCAAUUAAAAAAUUAAGUUCUUCUGCGGACAGGCGGUGACGUCAAAGUCAUGUUGCAUCUGCAACCAAUUACCGUAUAAUUUCUUUCUACUGCUAAACGCGUAUUGUCUCCGUUCUUCGACGUCACACUCGAGAGUUCAGUGCGGAAAGGAGCCGAAGAAAUGGCGGAUCGAGAGGUGCAGAGUCGGGUUUCUUCGGGUGAGAUACGAAUCCGAAACGAAAAAAACGAAGAAAUUAUUAUAUCAGAAGCUCAGUUAAAUAAAGUCCUGAACAGGAAUUUGGAACUUCUCAUUACAUAUGUUGAAAAUUUGAAAGUACUGCUUAUGCCUUAUCCAAUCGAGAUCAUCAGACAAUUCGUUACUUAUGUACAGACCAACGAUCCCGGAUUGACCUCUAUUAAACACGCUUUCGAUCUGUAUCAUCUGAGUUCAAGAUACGAGUUAGACGAUUUAAGAAAGAAAUGCAGAUCAUUUAUCAUUCGUCAAAUAAACCUGAAUACCGUGUGUUCAAUCCACGAUUUUGCACGUGAGAUCGGUGAUCUGGUCAUAACUUAUUAUUGCUGGCAAGCUUUCGACCGACUCGGAGAAAGACUAUUUACAACAGUUGACUUUAUGCGCUGUAAAAUUGCAACAAUUGAUAGACUGCUAUCUCGAGGGAUAUAUGAAGCUGUCAGUGAAUCGCGUUUACUCCUCACCGCGUAUCAGUGGAGCAUAGAAGAAGUUAAAAAAAAACAGGGUGCAGACAACUUCCAUUCGAUGGGUGAAAAAUCGAAAAGGAAUGCAAUAAGAAAUGUUAUGGAGCCAUUUAUUGGAAAAGUCAGAUUUCUUGCCAUGAAUGAAUACGAAUUGCAAUCUUGUGUUUUUACAAUGAACUUGUUAAGCGAGAUAGAAAAGAUUUAUAUCUGGCGUGCUUUUAAGACUGGUAAUUAUUCCUCGUAUCCCAGUUACUUCAGUCGAGAAACAAAAACCAGAAGCAUAAUAAAUUAUUGUAACUUGUUCUUGUACAUAAAUCGUGGAGAUCCUUUCAUGGUCGCAAACAGAAAGAUAAAAUGUUACAUAUGUUUUAGCAGUAACGUAUUUGUGAGGGAAGAUUGUUUCGUCACGGCUCUUCGAUUUCCGGUGAAGCUUGGCAAAAGUUUUCCAAUGCACGUAUACGCGUAUAUUAACAAUUUGGACAACGGACAGUUUUCGUUUGAGACCGUUUGCAAUUCAGAGGGAGUAGCAAAUCUGCAAACGAAGUUGUAUCUAAAAAAAUAUUCGUCAAUUCGUUUCCUGGCUUUCUUUUUCCGAGCUGAAAAUGGUCAACCCGAUAUCGAGUUUUCACCUGAACUGAGUUACUUUGUCAGCGACGAAGGAACAGAUGCCAGGAAAUUUGAAGACAAAAUUCUAACCGGUGACAGAAAUCUUAUAAAUAAUAUUUACUUUUCGGUUGAUUUAUAUUUUUGAAGUCAAAAGUUUCUCUAGAAAAAAGCGAAAUCUAAACGAGAAUAUAAUGUAAAGUUAAAUUCGAAUAAUGAUUAUUUCUUAUUGUAUUGCUGUAAAAUUUCUGCGAGAUGUGUAUGUACGUGAAUGGAAUAAUGAAUUUAUUGGAUUUACAGAAAACAAAAUUGAAAAUUUAAAGUGCAUAUUAAUGUAAUUUUUCUUUCUUAAAAGCAAAUUGUCAUUAGUCGGAUUGUUUAUAAUUCAAAAGUUAGUAUUUGCAAAUAAAUCAUCAAGUUUAUAAUUGCCAUCAUUUAAAUGAUAAUUACGAGCGUGAUUUCAUUUUUUAUUGCAGUAGAUGUUCGCGAAAGAAAUAUAAUUACAAUCUUACAGCGUUAAUAUUUUCUUUCUUCAUGUUAAUGACGAUAGAAAUAUGAAAAGUUAAGACUAAAAUUUUUGUCUGAAUGUUAGAGCAAAUCGAUAUCCACAUUUCAAUUUUAGUAUUUACGGUAUUGUUAUUUGUAUUCGUUGUCAAGAAUGUAAUGUUUUUCCAUUUUUUUCAUCUACGAAACUUUGCGUAAAUUUAAUUGGAUUCAAGUUUGAUUUUUUGAAGUGAAUGUGUCCGGAUC